AUGACAGCUUUGCCUAGUUUCCCGACGUUCAACCUAGAAGAACCAGACAUUAGAAAAGCUUGGGGAAAAUACGUAUCAAGAUUGGAGAAUUUGUUGUUGGCAAUGAACAUCACAAACGCCGCAAGAAAGAAGGCGAUGCUCCUGCACUAUGUCGGUGAAGAAGUUAAUGAGAUAUUUGAAACUUUAGAAAUUGACGAGCCAGAUAGAGAAGAAGAUGUAUUUAAAAAAGCGGAGAAAGCGUUACGAAAUUACUUCACUCCACAGAAGAAUAUAGAAUUCGAAGUUUAUAAGUUUCGUCAAGCGAAACAACUCCCAGGAGAAAACAUAUCCGCGUACAAUACGAGAUUGAAACAAUUGGCCAAAUCCUGCGAAUUUCAUGAAGAAAGCAGAGAGAUAAAAACCCAGAUCAUACAAAAUGGUUCAUUUUCAAAUUUGCGGAGAAAAGCGUUAGCAGACCCCGAAAUAACGAUGGAGAAAUUAAUACAAAUGGGAAAAACAAUGGAGAUGUCAAAAACACAAGCAGAAUGCAUCGAAAGCACGAAUCGAAUUUGGCAUAAAAGAAAGCAGUUCAAGACGCCCACGGAAAAAACCUCAAAUGCUUCCAAAUAUUCAUCGAAGAUCAAAUGCAAAUUUUGUGCUUGUGAACAUCGACCAGGGAAAACAAAUUGCCCGGCAUAUGGAAAGAAAUAUCGACAGUGUUUAAAGUGGAACCAUUUUCAAGUUUGUUGCUAUGAGAAUCGAAGAGGCAAAGAGCUGUUGCAAGACAAUUAUCAAAAUUCUCGCGCUGAAUCAACAAAGCGAAACGGACAGAUAAAACGUAAUCAAGUAAGACCUCGUCAAGUGAAUACGGUGCAAGAAAUAACGUCCGAAUCAAGUAUGGAAGAUGAAUAUGUAUUUUCAACGUUGACGGCGCAACAAAAGCUGCCGAAGUUUAAAGUUAAGAUAAAUGGUACUCCUGUGUCAGUCAUGGCAGAUACCGGUUCCAGCGUAAAUCUCUUGGAUGAAGUGAAUUUUAACAAAUUGAAGAAAAAGCCAAUAUUGCAGGAAGCAAAUGAGAAAAUCUUUCCGUAUGGGUCGAAAAAACAACUAUCAAUUAAAGGAAAAUGUCAGUGUGUGGUCGAAACCGAUAAACUAUAUGGAUUAGAGACAUUUUUUGUUGUUAAUGGGAAUACGGGUUGCUUGAUAAGCUGGAAAAGUUCUCAAAAAUUGGGCCUGGUACAAAUAGUUGCAUCCAUAGAAGGCACUACAAAGUCUAAACAGGAACCCGUUAAAGAAAAGGCGCAAGAAAAAGUGAGAGAAGGUACCAAAGUGGAAGAGCUAAUUAACAAAUAUCAAGAAGUCUUUCAAGGACUGGGAAAAUUGAAAGGGUUUCAAGUUCAUCUACACGUAGAUAAGGACGUACAACCUGUCGCACAACCUCAUCGUCGGGUGCCGUUUCAUGUGAGAAAAGACUUGGAGAAACAGUUAAAACGAGACGAAGAACGUGGAGUCAUAGAGAAAACAGAUGGACCAACACCUUGGGUUUCACCAGUCGUGGUCGUACCAAAACUAAAAAUUUUGUGCUCGUGA